AUUCAGUUCAUCGUUGGGUACCUGCUCUCUCGUGCCGUUGCUGAUUGAAUAAAAGCGCUAAAGCGAAAAGCACGUUGAAUUUGUGCGUAUAAGUAAAGUUAAACAAAUAUAAAUAUAUAACAAGCAAAAAGCGGAAACGCGCGUACAAAAAAUAUCAAAAUUCAGUGUUUUACCACAAAUGCGUAUAGCGGUACAAAGUUAAACAUAUUACUUUGUUUUGUGAAAGUAAGAGAAAUUUGCGCGUAAAAAAUCGAUUCCAACGGCAUUGAAAAGCAUUUUGUGCGUGGCAGUAAUUCUUACUUUUAAAGCGGCAAUUACACAGCAUUGGCACGCGCGCGUGUGUUUGUGUUUGCCCGCUUGCGUGCGCGUGUUGCCACAGCAAUUUAAAUUUAACAGCGUGCGUUGCAGUAAAAAUUUUGUUUGUGUACGCCAGCAUAAGACUGCCAGCCAGCUAAUGGCUUUUGGAAAUACUCGUACGCGCCGAAGUUAUUAAAAGUGAAGUUUCGCGUUCAAAGCCCAAACGUAAAAACAGUGAAAUUCGCCGUCUGAAAUCAAUUGUCAUAAAAGAGCAAUAAUAAAUAUUUUAUAUGCAAAAUUGCGCCGUUAAAAAUAUUAAGUCAUUAAAAUUCGCGCUCAACACUUAGCGAACUAAUUGCAAGUUUAAUCACAAGUCAAAUCACAAAAAAACUAAAAAAUAUGUGGAGAUACUUGAAAAAUAAUUAAUAUAUAACUGAAAAAUUUUCACAGAGUAAAUAAACAGUGAAAAAGAAAAAGGAUUUACAAAAGUAAUAAUAACUGUAAGUGAAAUGAAAAAUCAGAAAUUAAAAUAAAAAAAAAAAAAACAUUUGCAAAAAAAUUUCGAAAAUUUCCUUAAAAAGUUCAAAGUGGCAGGAAACAAAUAAAAUCAAAGAAUUGUUGGAAUUAUAAAAAAAAAAUAUUAACAAUUAUUAAUGCUGGAGAGAAUUUUAAAUUCUAAAAUUAAAAUUGAAUUCUUUUCCAAAAUCAAAAUUUUAAAAACCAAAUUAUCAAAAAACUCUUUCGCUCAGAGGUAUUUAAAUUUAUGUAAAGGCAGCUUGGAAGUUGUUCAAUAAAUUAUAAAACAAAAGUGCGAAAAAUAAAGUAUUAAUCUUCAAAAAGUAAAGAAAAAAAUCCGAAAAUUAUUGGAAAAUAUUUCCAAGUCAAUGUAAAUAGCUGCACAGCGCGCUAAGCAACAAAUGCAUGCUGACAAAGGAAAAGCAAUUUGAAAUAAAAAUUUCGCACGAAUAUUCAUACUGCAGAAAUUAACAAAAUUAAGGUAAAUUAGUUAUGAAAAUUGUGUUUUAAAAAUCUACAAAGAAACUCAAAAAAUAAAAAUUGAAACAACAAAAUAAAAACCAUAAUUCACAAUUGCAAAAAAAAAUCAAAAGGAAAUUGACACAUAAAUUUCAAAAAUAAUAAAUCACAAUAAGGAAAAUAAAAAAAAAAUAUUUCAAAAUCCACAAAUAACCAGGUUAUGUGAAAUCUAAAACAAAUUUCAAAAAAAAAGUGUUCUUUACACAAAAAUUACAAUAAAUUAUAAUAAAAAAAGUUUAAACAUUUUAGUGAAAAUUUUAAAAUUUCAAAAUCAAGCUCUGUGAAAAGCGCAAAUUUUAAUAACAAAAAACGUUAAAAUAAUUUACAGAGAGUUUAAAAAUUUUUAAGAAAUUCCAAAAUCAUAUACUAUACUUUGAAAAGCUGAAAUAUUUUGCUGAAAAUUUAAAUUUAAAAUUUUCAAAAUCCUGUUCUGUAAAAACCGAAAGUGUUACUAUCAAAAAAGUAUUAGCAUUUUACUGAAAGGUUAAAAAUUUUAAAGAAAAUUGAAAAUUCCAAAAUCAUAUACUACACAAAUUAAGCAGUAUUUAUUUCAAAUAAAGAAAAACAACAAAUUAAGAACAAGUCAAAAUAAAAAACAGGUAAAUUUGAGCAAUUCAAACAAAAACAAACGCGCUUACAACAAAAAAAUAAAAAUUUAUAAUAAUAUGAAAAUUCUUUAACCAUAAAAAAAAAAUCCAAAUUUUCCAAACAUAAAAAAACCAAAAUAUAUGGAAAAAUUUUAAUUGAAAAUUUAUAUUCCAGAUUCUCAAAAUAUAAAUACAAAAUUUAUUCAAAAAUCAGCUAGAAUCAAAAUGAAUGCAAAACUUCAAAUAUUACAAAGAAAAUAAACCUAAAAAUAUAAAUAAAAUUAAAACUUGUGCAAAAUAUCAAACAAUUUCAAAUCAACAUCGUUGCCAUUUAACGAAAUAACACAAAAAAGUUGAGUGAAAAUUUCUUAAAAUCAAAUAAAGAGAAACUGAAAAACGAUUAGCCGAAUAACAACAAAGCGAGGAAGAGCGAAAAUUAAAGAAAUACUUUCAAAACAAAAAUUAAUGAAAGAAGAGAUUUAAUGAUAAGGAGCUCUCAAAACAAAAUAUAAAUACAAAGAGAUGUAAUGAUCAAGUGAUUUCAAAGUUAAAUAAAAAAUAUAUAAUGAAGAGAUUUAUGGUUAUAAAGAAAUUUUCAACACAAAAAAUAUAAUAAAAUUAGUUUGAAAAAUUUAAAAAAAUAAAAAAAAAUUAUCUUGAAAAAAAAAAUCAAAAUUUCAAACUGAAUGAAGCUAGCUAACUUCAAAGCAAAAAUAAUAACAACACAGCAUACUUGAAAGUCAUUAUUUUUCAAUACGCAAGUUUUGCUUCAAUAGCAGUCCAUACGAAUUGGCAGAAAAUCAAAAAGUACUUGGUAUUUUUGAAGCGCCAUACUAAAAACUGCAACAGUAAAUCAAAAACGAAAAUCAAAUACAACAACAAAAUACAACAAUAUAUGCAUGAGCAAAAUACAAUAUGUUCAAAAUAUACUCCACAACAGGCAAAGAAACAAACCUAAAAAUUAAACAAAAAUAAAUUGCAAAUUGGUUUUACGAGUAAAAUAACUUUAGAGAAUAGGCCAAAAAUUCCAAGAAGAAUAACAAUAAUAACAACUGUUAUAACUAAACCCGAAGUGGUGAAGGAAAACAAUAACAACUGUUAAAAUUAAAACCGUACAGGUGAGGGUUCAGCGCAACUAUUAGCCAACAAAACGGUAAAACAACCGAGGCAAAAUAUUUAUAUUAGAGGCAAAAAUAUGCAAUAGUUUGCCCACUCCACAAACUAUAGCCACGCGAGCCAGUUUUAUCAACAAAAUAGUAGCAACAAAAUUCACUACCGAAAAGUCUUCGAAACAUUUGGAAAAUAUUUACAAAAAUAAAAAUAAAUCGAAAAAGUAGAAGCAAACAACCAAAAAAGUUGUUUACCGACAACCACAAAAAAUUAUAUAUCAACAAACACAAGCAAUUAUAUAGCAACAAAUCAAAGGAAAGGUACUAAAAGUAUUAAAAAAUCAAAAUUCUAUUAAAUAAUAACAAAAAAAUAACACAAAAUUGUGCUAAGGUGAAACACAGUGGCAUAGAUAUAUGUAAAUAUAUAUAAAACAAAAUCAAAAAAUAUCCUUGGUGCAAGUGAAUAUUUCUUUAAGUCUAUUUAUGAAGUUAUAUAAGUGCAUGAUUUUCCAAGGCUGAUCAUUCAGCAUAUCACUAGAGUGAUUUUAAGAAACAAAAAAAAAAUAUAUAUAUAAAUAGAAAUAUGUGUGCUGAGCAUAUUUAGAGAAAAUUAUCUAUAAAUAUUUAGUAAAAUAUUUAUUGCAUAAAAUUACCCAACGCAUGAAUUGAAUAUAAAGAGAGAGAGAGAGAAGGCGCAAGCUGUAUUGGAUUAACUAAAAUCCACAACUGAAUUGUCGCAGUUCUUGUGGUGGAUUCGCAUAAAGUGAACUGAUUUAAUACCGUAAGAACUCGUCAUCUAAAUUUUCAAUCAUCGAAUUAACAGCAAGUGUGGCUAAACGCUCGAUCAACGGGCUUCAAGAGUGACUGUACGAAUGUUUCGCUGAAGUUAUUAACAGUGGCGGCUCACUAGCAGGUUUUUCAUCUCAGCUAAAUAUUGACUUUGUGAAUUAUUGGUUCCAAACAUAUUGCGAGCAGCACCAGAGUUCGAUAUUUCGUCCAAAUAGUUCGCUCCGCAUGCCAGCUAUACAGCUUGACAAGUGAAACGAGCGCAAAGCACUACCGAACGCGCGCAAACGAGACAGAGCAAACGCGACAGCAAGCGUGAGCGAGAGAGAGCAAAAUAAGCAAUUGACAGGCAGAAAGAAGAUAGCUGGAAAGCAAAAUAGUGGAGAAGAGUUGAAAUUUUGCUAAAUUAAAGAGACAGGCGAAAUUGGCAAGUGCUGCUACGUUUAAGUACAGCGGUGACACGAGCUGAACAGUAGAUGAUAAAAGAUAAGAUAUAAGCUAAGAAAAAAGCUUCGUAGAAAGCUACGUAGAAAGCAUGAAACGUAUGAAUAAGAGUACUGUGGUGCUAAAUAUGAGCAAACAGCAGAAAGAAAGCUGAGAAAAUUUGUAAAAUUAAAUUAAAUGAAAGCUUGAGAUUACAAGAAAAAGCUCACAAGCAAAGCUCAAGUUGAGAGCAGGCAAUAAAACUGUAAAAUAUAACGCAAUAAGAAAAAAGUUAUGACAAGAUAGGCGUUAAGAAACGCAUUUAAAGAUAUAAAGCGAAAAUAAAACGAAGAUAGCAAGAAAAUAAUCUUCAGCAGCAUUCAAAAAGCGCCUAAAAAGCUUGACAACGUAAAGCUCAUAUAAAGCAUAUACAAGCUUUAAGAACAGCUGUUUUGAAAAAACUCUUAAAAAGCUUGAAAAUAAAAAAGCUCUUAUAAAGCACAAAAAAGCUUUAAGCGCAGUUCAGCUAGAAAAGAGAAUUGAGUUUCGAAAAAGCAAAUGAAGAGUGAUUGAUCUUGAGUUAGUGCAAUAUCAGCGAGAAAUGUGAAAAAGCACGAAAGCUCCUAAGUAUUGCAAAAACGCAUUGAAAACUAAAAAAGAAGCUUUCAGCAUAAUUUGAAUGAACAGAAAGUAUAAGAAUAUAAAAAUAUUAAAAAAAAAUAACAACAACAACACUUUUAAAAUAUAUAUACAUAAUAUAAAACAAAAACAAUUAAAUGCCGCCUGCUGAUCAACUAGCCAGCGAGUAAGUCUAGUUGCAGCGGUUACGACGAAAGCUUUAAAGAAAAUUGCAACGUAAGCAAAUUCAUUUCGACAAAAAAAAACAAGAAACAAAAAGAAAAUCACAAGUAAAGCAAUCACUUGCCACGCAAAACUUCCACACCUUUAUUGUUGUUGUUGUUGCUGCUGCUGCUGCUAUCGCUUCAGAACACAGCUCAACUUAAAAACCAAUAAUAUGGGGCUGCAAAUGGCAGCACUGCCAGCAGCCAACAAUGAUGUUGCAGUCACACAAACACCAACAACAAACACACCCAACAAUAAGCCACCCACACACACAGUCAUAGCCGCCAUAGCGUGCACUGUGCGCAAGCUUAACAGCGCGAUUUCAGCCACGUCCAGCAUAGCCACACUAUUGCUGUUGGUAUUGUUAACCUGGAAUCCAACAACAACAAUUGGCGUUGAUGCAGUCCAUGCGAAUUUUUCGGAUUUUCCAUAUAUACAAUAUCUAACACAUCCACCGGAGAUCAUCAAGAAGCCACAAAACCAGGGUGUACGCGUAGGCGGUGUGGCAAGCUUCUACUGUGCUGCUCGUGGCGAUCCACCACCAUCGAUUGUUUGGCGCAAGAGUUCGAAGAAAUUAUCUGGCACGCAAUCUCGUUAUACGGUUCUAGAACAACCCGGCGGUAUAUCCAUACUACGCAUAGAACCCGUACGUGCCGGCCGAGAUGAUGCGCCUUACGAAUGUGUAGCUGAAAACGGCGUUGGUGAUGCAGUAUCAGCUGAUGCUACUUUAACAGUUUAUGAAGGUGAUAAAACGCCACCCGGCUUUCCGGUAAUAACUCAGGGUCCCAGCACACGUGUCAUCGAAGUCGGUCAUACAGCGGUUAUGCAAUGCAAAGCCAUUGGUAAUCCAACGCCCGCAAUUUACUGGAUUAAGAAUCAGACAAAGGUCGAUAUGAGCAAUCCGCGCUACUCGAUAAAAGAUGGUGGCUUACAAAUCGAAAACAGUCGCGAAGAGGAUCAAGGCAAAUACGAAUGUGUCGCUGAGAAUUCAGUUGGCACCGAACACUCGAAAGCAACGAAUUUAUAUGUGAAAGUACGACGUGUGCCGCCCACUUUUUCACGUCCACCAGAGCCCAUUAACGAGGUGAUGCUAGGAGCAAAUUUGAAUUUAUCCUGCAUUGCUGUGGGCUCGCCCAUGCCACAUGUGAAAUGGAUGAAAGGUGCCCAAGAUUUAACACCCGAAAACGAUAUACCUAUCGGUCGUAAUAUUCUACAACUAACCAAUAUACAACAGAGCGCGAAUUUCACCUGCAUAGCGGCAUCAUCUUUGGGGCAAAUUGAAGCGACAGCGAUGGUGAAAGUUCAAUCACUUCCAGCUGCUCCAACAGAUGUGCAGAUCUCAGAGGCAACGGCAACCUCAGUUCGCUUGGAAUGGUCUUACAAGGGACCGGAAGACUUGCAAUACUAUGUGAUACAGUACAAACCAAAAAAUGCAAAUCAGGCUUUUAGCGAAAUUAGCGGCAUCAUAACGAUGUUUUAUGUUGUGCGAGCUUUAAGUCCAUAUACCGAAUAUGAAUUCUAUGUGAUAGCGGUAAAUACGAUUGGACGUGGACCGCCAUCAAAACCCGAGACUUGUACCACUGGUGAGACAAGCGAUUUCACAUUCGGAGGUGCAAAAAUGGAAAGCGCUCCACGCAAUGUACAAGUCCGACCGCUGAGUUCCUCAACAAUGGUUAUAACAUGGGAACCACCUGAGACGCCAAAUGGACAAGUGACCGGCUACAAAGUCUAUUACACAACAAAUCCCAAUCAACCCGAAGCAUCUUGGGACUCACAAAUGGUGGACAAUAGCGAGCUGACAACCAUUUCGGAAUUGACGCCGCAUGCCAUUUAUACGGUGCGUGUGCAGGCAUAUACCUCAAUGGGCGCCGGUCCAAUGUCCACACCGGUGCAAGUGAAGACACAGCAAGGUGUCCCUUCACAGCCUAGUAAUUUCCGGGCCACCGAUAUCGGCGAGACCGCAGUCACAUUGCAAUGGUCGAAACCGACACAUUCCAGUGAGAAUAUCGUACACUACGAAUUAUACUGGAAUGACACAUAUGCAAAUCAGGAUCAUCACAAGCGCAUUUCGAACACUGAAUCCUACACGCUUGAUGGUCUCUAUCCUGAUACCCUGUAUUAUAUAUGGUUGGCGGCGCGUUCGCAGCGUGGCGAAGGUGCAACAACACCCCCCAUACCCGUCCGUACGAAACAAUAUGUACCAGGUGCACCGCCGCGCAAUAUCACCGCCAUGGCCACCAGCCCCACUACAAUAUCCGUCUCAUGGCUGCCACCGCCAGUGGAGCGUGCCAACGGUCGCAUCAUCUACUACAAGGUCUUCUUCGUCGAGGUGGGCCGUGCCGAUAGCGAAGCGACCAUAACCACCUUGAAUAAGACACAUAUCGUUUUGGAUGAGUUGAAGCGUUGGACCGAGUACAAGAUCUGGACGCUGGCCGGCACCUCGGUGGGCGAUGGGCCGCGCUCGCAUCCGAUCAUUGUGCGCACACACGAAGAUGUGCCUGGAGAUCCUCAAGACGUGAAGGCAACUCCGCUAAAUUCAACUUCAAUUCAUGUUACCUGGAAACCACCAUUGGAAAAAGAUCGUAACGGCAUUAUACGUGGCUAUCAUAUACACGUGCAAGAAAUGCGUGAUGAGGGCAAGGGCUUCCUAAACGAACCACUCAAGUUCGAUGUCGUCGAUUCGUUAGAGUACAAUGUGACGGGCUUGCAACCGGAUACCAAAUACUCCAUACAAGUUGCGGCACUGACGCGGAAAGGCGAUGGUGAUCGUAGCGCCGCGGUGAUCGUAAAAACGCCAGGUGGUGUGCCGGUACGACCUACCGUGAGCUUAAAGAUAAUGGAACGUGAUCCAAUUGUCUCCAUCGAACUCGAAUGGGAGCGACCAGCGCAAACAUAUGGUGAACUGCGUGGUUAUCGUUUGCGUUGGGGCGUAAAAGAUCAGCCGUUAAAGGAAGAGAUAUUACCCGGACCGCAAAUAACGAAACGUCGUUUUAAUGACUUAGAACGCGGCGUUGAAUAUGAAUUCCGCGUGGCGGGUAGCAAUCACAUUGGUAUCGGCCAAGAGACAGUGAAAAUCUUCCAAACACCCGAGGGCACACCUGGCGGACCGCCCGCAAAUAUAACAGUACGCUUCCAGACGCCGGAUGUAGUAUGCGUCACAUGGGAUCCGCCAACACGCGAACACCGCAAUGGCAUUAUUACACGUUACGAUGUGCAGUUUCACAAGAAAAUCGAUCAUGGUUUAGGUUCGGAACGUAAUAUGACUGUGCGUAAGGCGGUGUUUACAAAUCUCGAAGAAAAUACAGAAUACAUCUUCCGCGUGCGUGCUUACACCAAACAAGGUUCGGGACCAUUUAGUGAUAAAAUCUUUAUUGAAACAGAACGCGAUAUGGGGCGAGCGCCAAUGUCAGUGCAGGCGGUAGCAACAUCCGAACAAACGGCUGAAAUCUGGUGGGAACCGGUGCCAUCACGUGGAAAAUUGCUUGGCUACAAGAUUUUCUAUACAAUGACAGCAGUUGAGGACUUAGAUGAAUGGCAGACAAAGACAGUAGGACUAACAGAAUCUGCAGAUCUGGUUAAUCUGGAGAAGUUUGCACAGUAUGCCGUAGCGAUAGCAGCGCGUUUCAAGAGCGGUUUGGGACGUCUGAGCGAAAAGGUCACCGUUAAAAUAAAGCCCGAAGAUGUGCCACUGAACUUACGCGCACAUGAUGUCAGCACACAUUCCAUGACAUUGAGUUGGUCCCCGCCAAUACGUCUAAAUCCGACAAAUUACAAAAUCUCCUUUGACGCGAUGAAAGUAUUUGUGGACUCACAGGGUUUUACGCAAACGCAGAUUGUACAAAAACGUGAUAUUAUCUUAAAGCAUUAUGUAAAAUCGCAUACAAUCAACGAGCUGAGUCCAUUCACAACGUACAAUGUAAAUGUAAGCGCCAUACCACCAGACUACUCCUACCGCCCGCCAACUAAAAUCACCGUUACCACACAAAUGGCCGCGCCGCAACCCAUGGUCAAACCAGAUUUCUAUGGUGUGGUAAAUGGUGAGGAAAUAUUAGUGAUACUGCCGCAAGCAUCUGAAGAGUAUGGUCCAAUAUCACAUUAUUACCUUGUUGUGGUGCCUGAGGAUAAAUCGAACUUGCACAAAAAUCCAGAUCAGUUCCUAACAGAAGAUUUGCUGCCGGGACGUAAUAAACCUGAACGUCCGAACUCGCCUUAUAUUGCCGCCAAGUUCCCACAACGCUCCAUACCCUUCACUUUCCACCUGGGUUCCGGUGACGAUUAUCAUAACUUCACCAAUCGUAAACUUGAGCGCGACAAGCGUUAUCGUAUUUUUGUGCGUGCCGUUGUCGAUACGCCACAAAAGCAUCUUUAUACUUCCAGUCCUUUCUCGGAAUUUCUAUCGUUGGAUAUGCGUGAAGCGCCACCUGGUGAAAGACCACAUCGCCCAGAUCCAAAUUGGCCAUCCGAACCAGAGGUGUCUGUCAACCGCAACAAAGACGAGCAGGGUAUGUGGUGGGUGGCGCUACCAGUUGUUGCCGCACUCAUUUUCACCAUAUUCGUUACCUGGUGCAUUGUGCGUCGGCGUCGCCAACCAUGCAAAACACCCGAUCAAGCUGCUGUCACGCGUCCAUUGAUGGCAGCCGAUCUCGGUGCCGGUCCCACACCCAGUGAUCCCGUCGAUAUGCGCCGCUUAAACUUCCAAACACCCGGCAUGAUUUCGCAUCCGCCCAUACCCAUUUCCGAAUUCGCCAAUCACAUUGAGCGCCUCAAAGCGAACGACAAUCAAAAAUUCUCGCAAGAAUAUGAGAGCAUUGAGCCGGGUCAGCAAUUCACAUGGGACAAUUCUAAUUACGAUUACAAUAAAUCGAAGAACCGUUAUGCCAAUGUAACCGCUUACGAUCACUCGCGCGUACAAUUGCCACUGAUGGACGGCGUUAUCGGCUCGGAUUAUAUAAAUGCUAACUAUUGUGAUGGCUAUCGCAAGCAUAACGCUUAUGUGGCAACUCAGGGACCGCUACAGGAAACAUUCAGUGACUUUUGGCGCAUGUGUUGGGAACUAAAGACAACCACCAUUGUUAUGAUGACACGUCUGGAGGAACGUACACGUAUUAAAUGCGAUCAAUAUUGGCCGGUACGUGGCACAGAGACUUAUGGUCAAAUGUUUGUCACGAUCACCGAAACGCAGGAGCUCGCCACCUACAGCAUACGCACAUUCCAGUUGUGUCGUCAAGGUUUUAACGAACGUCGUGAGAUCAAACAAUUACAAUUCACCGCCUGGCCGGAUCAUGGCGUACCCGAACAUCCAGCACCAUUCCUACAAUUCUUGCGACGCUGCCGUGCGCUCACCCCACCCGAUUCGGGCCCAGUUGUUGUUCACUGCUCGGCUGGUGUCGGCCGUACUGGUUGUUAUAUUGUUAUCGAUUCGAUGUUGGAACGCAUGAAACAUGAGAAAAUUAUUGACAUAUACGGACAUGUGACUUGUUUGCGCGCUCAACGUAACUACAUGGUACAGACUGAGGAUCAGUACAUAUUCAUACAUGAUGCCAUAUUGGAGGCUAUCAUUUGCGGUCUAACAGAGGUACCAGCACGCAACUUACAUACCCACCUACAGAAAUUACUACUAACCGAACCGGGUGAAAAUAUCACUGGCAUGGAAAUGGAAUUUAAAAAGCUCUCCAAUGUUAAGGUGGACUCAUCGAAAUUCGUCACCGCUAAUUUGCCAUGUAAUAAGAAUAAGAAUCGUUUGGUACACAUACUACCAUAUGAAUCGAGUCGCGUCUACCUGACACCCAUACAUGGUAUCGAAGGUAGUGACUACAUCAAUGCUAGCUUUAUUGAUGGCUAUCGCUAUCGUUCGGCUUAUAUAGCCGCUCAGGGUCCCGUACAGGAUACUGCUGAAGAUUUCUGGCGUAUGCUGUGGGAGCACAACUCAACAAUUGUUGUUAUGCUCACCAAACUUAAGGAGAUGGGCAGAGAAAAAUGCUACCAGUAUUGGCCACAUGAACGCUCAGUACGCUAUCAGUACUAUGUGGUGGACCCCAUCGCUGAAUAUAAUAUGCCGCAAUACAAACUACGCGAGUUUAAGGUCACCGACGCACGUGACGGCUCUUCACGUACCGUACGCCAAUUUCAGUUCAUCGAUUGGCCAGAGCAAGGUGUACCCAAAUCUGGUGAAGGUUUUAUUGAUUUUAUUGGUCAAGUGCAUAAGACGAAAGAACAAUUCGGUCAAGACGGACCGAUUACGGUGCAUUGUAGCGCUGGCGUUGGACGUACUGGUGUCUUUAUAACACUCAGUAUUGUAUUGGAACGUAUGCAAUAUGAAGGCGUAUUGGAUGUAUUCCAAACGGUGCGCAUACUACGCGCCCAACGUCCAGCAAUGGUGCAAACGGAGGAUCAAUACCACUUCUGCUACCGCGCCGCUUUAGAGUAUCUCGGCUCAUUUGAUAACUACACUAAUUAAGUUUGCAGCGCUUUUUUCAACUCUAAAAAACAUACUUGUUAGCUUCAAUACACCGCAAAAUCAAAACUCUUUCUUCAACAUUAAUUUGGAUUAGAAAACUCAAUGUUGGAUUUUUUCGAAAGCUACACACAAAGCGACAUUCUAUUUUGUCAAAGCGCCUAAAAAAGCUGCUACGCGUAGUAAGAACGCCUUAAGCAAGAAAUUAUCUCUCCCUGGAAUAUCAUCAGAAGCAGACUAUAUGGAUUCUACGCAGCCGAUUCAGACUUGGAUAAACGAAAUUAAAACACGCCACAAAAUUAAAAAGAACAAAACGUAUCGCUAUUGUAUUCACUAAAUACUAAGUUACAAUGCUUAGGUUCUAAGCACAAAGCAUGUUAUAGAAAAAGAACAAAUAAUUUAGAAAAAAAUACAUAUGUACUUAUGCGCGUAUGUGUCUAGUUUAAGGCAAUUUAGUUGAUAAUUAUAUUAAGUUAAGUAAAAUGUAAUGAAAAUAGUUACACCGUCAGCUAAUUUAGAGAGCAUAGUCACCUAACUGCCCCCAUACACACCCACAUUUGUCUUUUAAGUUAUUUGUGAACUAAAAAGACUGUUAUGCAUUAAAUUGAUUGACUAAUCAGUAAUAUUUACUAAAUGAUUAAUUCAAUGCAUUAGCUGUACUAAUGAUUAUCUUAAAAAUGAAAAUUGAGUAUAAAUUGUUAUUAUACUAAAUAUUUAACGACUAAUCGAUUAAUACACAGAGAAUUAUUUAAUUUUAGCACUAAUUAUAAAUUGUGUGUGCAAAGCAAUUAUUUGAACAAACGAUAUGCUUAAAUAAUACACUUGCUUCUUUUAAAUUAAUUCAAAAAAAUCAAAAUUAUGUAUGUAGAAUAAUAAUAGCAAAUGUCAGUUUGUCGAUUAAAAAUGAUUGUUGAUGUCUUUAGAGUUGCGCAUAACUUUUAUGAUUAGUAAAUGAUUUCAUUUUAAUAAGGCGCUUAGAGGUACGAUAUUAUUGACAGAAGUACACUUAAAGAGCCCGUUUAAUUGCAUUUUCUUUUAAAUAUAGAUAUUUUUUCUGAGUUAUAAUGUAAUAAAGAUAAUUAAUUAUAGGUACAAUAUUUUAGUAGAGGCGACACUUAAUGAUCCAGUUAAAAAAUAAUUUCUUUUAAAUAUUUUUUCGGUUAGAAAUAAAUAUUAAGAAUUUCCUUUUAAAUUUCUUGAUUAACUAUAAUUUGUAGAGUUACGCUAUUUUAGGCAGCAGUACACUUAAAGAGCCAGUUUAAUUACAUUUUCUUUUAAAUAAUUUUUUUUUGGACUAGCAAUAAAAAUAAUUAUAGGUACAAUAUUUUAGUAGAGGCGACACUUAAUGAUCCAGUUCGAUAACAAUUUCUUCGAAAUAUAUUUUUUUCGUAUAGUAUUGAAAUGAUAUUGAUUUUCUUUUAAAUAGCUUAUUAUAAUAAUAUAUAAAAUGUUUUUAAUUUAAUAAUUUAAUUUAAUUUGAUACUUAAAAUGCGCUUUGAACAAAAUUCUGUUUGAAAUGUCAGUUAAAAUAUAUUUAAUUGGCGACAAUAUUUUUUAUAAAGUAAUUUUUAUAAUAAUUUUAAUUAAAAUUUAUGUAAUAGUUAAUAUUAUAUUAAUUUGACAUUUAAUAACCACUUUGAAUCUCAUUGUAAAAGUCAAUAAUUUUAUUUAGAAGCAAGUGCAUAUUUUGUUUAAAUAAUACAACAUUAUUUUUAGGUUAUGUUAAGAGAAAUACUGAAAAAAAUGUAAAGUCAGUAUUUAAUAAACAAAAAUGUAAUAUUUUAUAUAAUUUUUAUAUAAGUUGCAAGUAAUUUAAAUAGUUUUAGCUUUUUUUCAUAUAUUUUACUAUAAUUAAUUCCCGGUUGGAUUUUUACUGCAGAAAAAUUGCAUGUGAAUAGAAAUCAAAAUUAUUUAAUUAAUUUAUAAUUAAUUCUAUAUAGUACUCUAAUAAUGUUUAAUUUUAAUAUAAUGUUUAAUUAAUAAUAUAAUUUUUAAUUAUUAAUGUAAUGUUUAAUUAUUAAUAUCAUUUUAAUGUAAAUAUAUAUGUAUAAGUAAAUUUUAAGCUAGUUCUGUUUGUAGAAAAAUACCACAACAAGAAAUCCUUACAAGAAAUUUAUUUUAUAGUGAAAAAAAUUAAUUUAGUUCAAUAUAUUAUUAUUUAUAAAUUUUAGAUGUAAAAGUUUAUAAUUUUCAAAUUUAAAAAUUUAGUUUACUUAAACAUUUCGCCAUAUUUCCCCCCAUUUCACCCAACAAAAACUAAUGUCAUAAUAAAAAUAAAAAACAACAACGACCAGGCAGCUCUUCCGCUACAAUCACUUUGUAAGGACUUGAAAUGAAACCGAUAAGAUUUUGUAAAAAAAAAAAUAGUAAACAUAAAACAAAUAGCAAAAUGCAAUAGUUAAAAUAUUUAUAACGAAGUGUAAUAGGAAAAAGUAAUAUGUGGACAAAAGUAUUGCAGUGAAAUAAUGUAAUAAGCUUAAUUUUAUAUUGUAUUAGUUUUAAAUUUAGUUAAAUGUGUGUAUGUAUAUGUUUAAUUUUAUAUUGUAUUAGUUUUUAAGUUAAAAGUAUGCAAAUGCUUAAUUUUAUAUUGUAUUAAUUUUAAGUUAAAUGUAAUAAGUUUUAGUUUAUAAUAAAUUAGUUUUUAAGUUACAAA